GAGAGGUAAGUACACUGUUUUACUUGGACCCCACAGGAUCUGUAUUUUUGUAAACAAAAGAUUUAUUUAUUUGACUCUAAAUUAAUUACUUAAAAUUAAAUAAUACAUUCCCCAGCUAUUCGCCAGGCUGUUUCUCUUUCUCCGUUUUUAUACCUUCUUCUCUUUUCCUCCUUCACUCAUUCAAACCUUAGCUUCAUCUCUCUAACCAAUCUCAAAUUCGAUCAAAUCUUUGAGAAUCCAAUCUCAAAAAAUCAAAUGGAUCCGUGCUCUUUCGUACGGAUCAUAGUCGGAAACUUAACCGUUAGAUUCCCGGCGACGUCUUCCUCUUCAUCCGAACCGUCUGUUUCUGGAAUCAACCCUUCGACUCCUAACUGCUACUGCAAAAUCAAACUCAAGAACUUCCCUCGCCACAUCGCUUCCGUACCGGUCACGUUCCGAACCGAAUCAGAACCCGAGACUCGCUCCUCCGGCAACAUCUCCACCGUCGCCGCUUGCUUCAGUCUCAGCAAAGCUCAGAUCGAGGCGUCACUCAAUAAGCCGAAGUGGAGCGUCCUCUCAAUCGAGACUUACUCACGCGACAACGUCACCGGCGCGUCGUGUGGACUCGCGUCGCCGGGGGAGAAGCUGCUCGGUAGAUUCGAGGUUUCGCUAGAUUUGAAAUCCGCGGAGACGAAGACGUGUCUAGCUCACAACGGAUUUGUCACCUUGAAGGGAUCUAAGAAGUCUAGAUCCGAUCCGGAGCUCCACGUGACCGUACGCGUCGAACCGGAUCCGAGAUUCGUGUUUCAGUUCGACGGCGAGCCGGAGUGUAGUCCUCAGGUUUUCCAAGUCCAAGGAAACACGAAACAAGCGGUUUUCACUUGCAAAUUCGCCGCGAGGAACUCUAACUCAGCUGAUCGGAGUCAGUUAUGCAGCUCCUCGAUGAGAUCGGAGAGAGAGCAACCGUCUAAAGAGAGGAAAGGCUGGUCAGUUACGGUUCACGAUCUCUCCGGUUCGCCAGUAGCGAUGGCUUCUAUGGUAACACCUUUCGUACCGUCUCCCGGUUCAAAUCGAGUGAACCGGUCUAGUCCCGGUGCGUGGCUAAUUCUAAGACCAGACGGUUGCACGUGGAAGCCGUGGGGGAGGUUAGAGGCGUGGCGCGAAUCAGGUUACUCAUCCGACGCGUUAGGUUACCGUUUCGAGCUUUUUCAAGACGGAAUCGCAACCGCCGUUUCCGCGUCUUCGUCGAUCAGUUUAAAAAAUGGCGGGAGUUUUGUUAUCGAUGUUACCGGUGGGAAUACCACGGCGGCUUCUACGCCGGUGACGAGUCCUCAGGGAAGCUGGGAUCUCGGAUCCGGAUCGAGCGCCGGGUCGAGGCCAGCGUCGAGGCCGGGAUCUGGAUCCGGGUCGGAUUUUGGAUAUUUGCUGCCGCAGCAUCCGGCGCAGGGCAGAGGAGGGUUUGUGAUGUCGGCGUCAGUGGAAGGAGUGGAGAAACGGAGUAGACCUGAGGUGGAAGUUGGUGUGACGCACGUGACGUGCACGGAGGAUGCAGCAGCGCACGUGGCGUUGGCUGCGGCGGUGGAUCUGAGUUUGGAUGCUUGUAGGCUCUUCUCUCAGAAGCUAAGGAAAGAGCUGAGACAGCAAAGCCAGCUUGGUGUCGUUUGACGUGUAUUGCUUUGUCGUUUUACUAAUUCCAUGAGUUGUCUUCCACUCGCAAUUUUUUUUUUCUUAAAUGUUUUUGAAUUUUCUGUUUUUUUUUUU